AUGUCGUUCUGGUGGUUUCUCCCUGAAAGUACGUGGAUCUACCAGGCCAUUUGGGUAUUCUUUUGGCUCCAUCGAUACGUCCGUACAAUCGUUCACUUCUGGAGCCAUUGGGUCUACAAAUCUGUCCCAAUUCCUGCGAAUCCCAACUACACAGCCAAAGAUGUGACGGUAAUCAUCCCUACGAUUCAUAACAACUUCGAGGAGUUGAGGGAUUCAUUACAAAGCAUCCUCGCGUGCCACCCCUGUGAGCUGCUCCUGGUAACCACGUCCGACAAAUAUGAUAAACUUGUCAAGUUCACAAAAACUCUCGAGGCUUCGAACAUUCGAGUUUUCCAAACACGGAUUGCGAAUAAGCGGAUACAGGUCUGCGAGGCUAUUCCCGAGGUCAAGACGUCCAUCAUCAUUAUGGCGGAUGACGAUGUCACGUGGCCCAACACAAUUCUACCUUGGCUUCUGGCUCCCUUCGAAAAUGAGAGAAUUGGUGGUGUAGGACCAAACCAACGAGUCAAGAGAGUCCGGUCAGGACCACUUAUGGCCAGAAACUACAACUGGUUGGGCGCAGCGUACAUUGAGCGACGCAACUUUGAGAUCUCGGCUACGCACGGCAUCGACGGUGGAACGUCCUGCAUGUCUGGCCGCACCUGCGCCUUCCGCUCGGAGAUUCUGCAAAGCUCAUUGUUCUUGGAGGGCUUCAAGACUGAGCGCUGGGGUCCGUAUACGCUCAAUGCCGAUGAUGACAAUUUUGUUACACGCUGGUUGGUCUCGAAGCAGUGGAAGACAUGGAUCCAGUACAACCGGGAAUGCGAAAUAGAGACAACCCUUGAGAACAACAUGAAAUUCUUGUAUCAAUGCUCUCGUUGGGCGCGCAGCAACUGGCGGAGCAAUUACACAAGUCUUGUCACAGAAGGAUAUGUUAUUCGACAACAACCUUGGUGCACAUACGCCCUCCACAUCGCCACCUUCACCUCCCUCUCGGUUCUCUUUGAUCCUGUCAUCCUUAUCUUGACCUUCCGAGCUUUCAGAGACCUACCCGGCAACGGCCAACUCUACUGCCUCUACGCUCAACUCGCCUUCAUGUUCUGGACCAAAGUCAUCAAGCUAGUGGGCCUCUUCAUCCGCGAACCCACUGAUAUCGUGUUUCUGCCGCUUUCCAUCCUUUUCGGAUAUUUCCACGGUUUUAUCAAACUAUGGGCAUUAGCGACCCUUCGCAUGACAUCCUGGGGCAGCCGCGCAGACGGUGACACUAACGACAGCCAGCGUAUGACACCCCGAGCACGUCGCAGCGAAAGCAUUACCCUCCCACCGGGCAAUCACCCCGUCCUCGUCCGCUACAAGGACGACAAGAGCUACAUCCCUUCCACAGAGAAGCCAACCACGGCUCCCUCAGCCGCCCCAGACUACCGGUCUGAGAGCGACCUAGACGCAGUAUCCAUCAGCUUGUCUUACGACCUUAACGAUUCCAACGACGAUUCAGAUUCUAGUUCGGCUUCGGAUUAA